AUGCUUUCAAAUAAAGGUUUACUAUCAGCCUCAAGGUACCCGCUGAAUUUCGUGAAAACCUAUACAUGUUUUAACAGAACGUUUUCGAUUUCUGAUUUAAUAAACCAGGAUUCCUUAAAAUAUGAAAAUCAGAAACUGGACGUUCAAUCCGAUCUAAAAGAUCGACUGAAGCGUUUGCUGAAAACAUUUAAUGCACCUAUACAAGUCGCAAUAGGAUAUGGCAGCGGUGUGUUUCAGCAGGCGGGUUAUGGAUCAUCUGCGAAACCAAUGGUCGAUUUUAUUUUCCAGGUCGAUGAUCCAGUUCGUUGGCAUGAAUUGAACAUCCAGCAAAAUCCAUCCCAUUAUUCUUUAUUAAAGUACUUAGGACCAAAAGCAGUAGCGGAAGUUCAAGAAAAUUAUGGUGCUAAUAUUUAUUAUAAUACACAAGUACCUGUGGGGAACAGCAUUAUCAAAUACGGAGUCAUAAAAAAGGAAUCAUUGAUGGAUGAUUUGAAAAACUGGAAUACUCUUUAUACAGCUGGAAGAUGUCAAAAACCGGUGACUUUAUUUCAAGGAGAAGAUUUCUUUUACCCACUUAAUCGUCAAAAUUUAGAACAAGCUACUUCUGCUGCUUUGUUUAUGCUUCCAAAUAAGUUUUCCGAAUUCGAAUUUUACAGAACUAUAGUAAACCUUUCGUAUGUAGGCGAUAUACGCAUGCGGCUUUUUGCAGAAAAUCCGAAGAAGGUGGAUAAUAUUGUUUCAAAACAGCUUUUUUAUUUCAGAAAGUUAUAUUUACCCAUCUUAAACUCGCGAUUUGCUGUAAACUUCCCCUCUUAUAAUUCAAAAUUACAUGAGCUAAAUGGUCAUGAUUCUACUUUUCUGUUGGAGAUUGAACACGAAUCCAAUGGAAAGGCCAGUGACUAUUUCAAUACUUUGCCUAUCAACUAUAGGAAUUUAAUUUUGGCAGCUGCUCGUACACGAGGUUUUAGCGAAAAUGAUUUAUGGUUACGAACAUCUAUUCAAAAUCGACAAAUGUUAAGCAUAACAGCGUUGAAACAUCUUACCCAAAGGUCAAUCUUGACACAGAGCGCCAAGGGUAUAUUAACUGCCGGUUUAUACAGUUCCAUAAGUUACUCUUUGGAAAAGCUGAAAAAGGGAUUGUUUCGUUUUUCUAAGUAA